CUCCCCCCCGUCCUCCCUUCCUCCGGCAGCCGCGGGGAGGAUGGUGAUGGUGCAGCCGCCCGCAGCCCCCGAGGCGGGCCGGGGCCGCCCUCCGCAGGGGCUGAGGGGAUGAGCCGUGCCCCGCCGGGGGGUCGCUAGCGGAAGGAUGACCACUCCCGCCCUGCUGCCGCUCUCCGGGCGGAGGCUGCCCCCGCUGAACCUGGGGGCCUCCGCCUUCCCGCACCACAGGGCUACCUUGAGACUCUCCGAAAAAUUUAUCCUGCUCCUUAUUCUUAGUGCCUUCAUCACCCUGUGCUUCGGGGCGUUCUUCUUCCUCCCCGACUCCUCGAAGCACAAGCGCUUUGACCUGGGCUUGGAGGAUGUGCUCAUUCCCCACGUGGACACCAGCAAGGGGGGCAAGAACCUCGGCGGCUUCCUCAUCCACGGGCAAGGGCACGACGAGCACCGGCACAGAGAAGAAGAGGAACGUCUGAGAAAUAAGAUCCGAGCAGAUCAUGAAAAGGCUCUGGAAGAGGCUAAGGAGAAAUUGAAGAAAUCACGGGAUGAGAUUCAAGCUGAGAUUCAGACAGAAAAGAACAAAGUAAUGCAAGAAUUGAAAAAGAAAGACAGCAAGCCACUGCCCCCUGUUCCUUUACCAAACCUGAUAGGGAUACACAGCGGAGAACCAGCAGACCCGGAUAUCCGAGAGAGGAGGAACAAAAUUAAAGAGAUGAUGAAGCAUGCCUGGGACAAUUACAGGCAAUAUGGAUGGGGACAUAAUGAGCUCAAACCAAUUGCCCGGAAAGGACAUUCCACCAACAUAUUUGGAAACUCACAAAUGGGUGCUACCAUAGUAGAUGCAUUGGAUACUCUUUAUAUCAUGGGCCUUCACGAUGAAUUCAGAGAAGGACAAGAAUGGAUUGACAAAAAUCUUGAUUUCAGUGUGAAUUCCGAAGUGUCUGUUUUUGAGGUCAAUAUUCGCUUCAUUGGCGGUCUUCUGGCAGCAUACUACCUUUCAGGACAAGAGGUUUUCAAGAUCAAAGCAGUGCAACUGGCAGGAAAACUUCUUCCAGCCUUCAACACACCUACGGGUAUACCAUGGGCGAUGGUGAAUCUGAAAAGUGGUGUUGGUCGAAACUGGGGCUGGGCUUCUGCUGGCAGCAGCAUCCUUGCUGAAUUUGGUACUCUGCACAUGGAAUUUGUCCACCUUAGUUAUUUGACAGGAGACCCUGUAUAUUACAACAAGGUCAUGCACAUUCGGAAGUUACUUCAAAAAAUGGAUCGUCCUAAUGGACUUUAUCCAAAUUAUUUGAAUCCAAGAACAGGCCGGUGGGGUCAGCAUCACACAUCCGUGGGCGGGCUGGGAGACAGUUUUUAUGAAUAUUUAUUGAAAGCCUGGCUUAUGUCAGACAAGACGGACACGGAGGCAAGGAAAAUGUACGACGAUGCAAUUGAGGCCAUAGAAAAACAUCUCAUCAGAAAGUCCAAUGGAGGACUGACCUUUAUUGGGGAGUGGAAGAACGGGCAUCUUGAAAGAAAGAUGGGCCAUUUGACCUGUUUUGCAGGUGGAAUGUUUGCCCUUGGAGCAGAUGGUUCCAGAGAUGAUAAAGCUGGACAUUAUUUGCAGCUCGGAGCUGAAAUUGCACAUACGUGUCACGAGUCGUAUGACAGGACAACACUAAAGCUGGGCCCAGAAGCAUUCAAAUUUGAUGGUGGCGUGGAGGCGGUGGCAGUACGGCAGAACGAGAAGUAUUACAUCCUAAGGCCAGAGGUGAUUGAGACCUACUGGUAUAUGUGGAGGUUCACUCACGAUCCCAAGUACAGGCAGUGGGGCUGGGAGGCAGCACAGGCAAUUGACAAGUAUUGCCGAGUUAGUGGUGGCUUUUCUGGUGUCAAGGAUGUGUAUUCCUCAUCUCCUACAUAUGAUGAUGUACAGCAGAGCUUUUUCCUUGCUGAAACUUUGAAGUAUUUGUAUCUGCUUUUCUCCAAUGAUGAUCUUCUACCAUUAGACAACUGGGUUUUUAACACAGAAGCUCAUCCUCUGCCUGUUUUACAUUUAGCCAACACCACACUGUCAGGAAAUCCUGCAUAUCGAUAAAAACAGCUCUAUGAAGAGGAAGAGAGACUGUUUUCAGCUCUGUUUUGUUUACAUGGACCACUUGAGACUUUAGCAGGAGGGGAGACAGACAGACAGACACUUGGUAAACCUAGACCCCCGAGUCAAGCAAGUAUUGGCAUGGGAAACGAAGCUCUUCAACAUAUAAAUAAGUUAAAAGUUCUGUUUUAUACAUGACCAAAACACAUGAGUGUGAUUUUUGCAGGCGGAGACUUCACACGCUUUGAACCCUGGCAAGACAUGGAAUCUACAGAUACUAUUAAUGCAACAGCAUGAGAAAGAGGAGGCUUUCCCUUCCAGGGAAAGGAACUUGCUGAUUGCUGUUGCAAGGAACAACACACAGUCACCUCUUCAGAUUGGGUGGGUUCCAAAUACCUAGGUUUUCUUUUCCUUUCUUUUUUUAUUUUUUUUCAAAUUUUUUUAUGAUGGCAUGAACAAAGCAACACCACUGCACCAGCAGCAUCAGGAUUUGAAUUUCUUUCUGUACCUGUCUGAAUUUUCUAAGGAGCAUCUGUCCAGACUGGCAGCCAUUCUCAGAGCCUCGUAUCUGUUAGACCUAAAGUACAAAAAAUAUUGCCUCCUCAUUUCCCCUUUUCAAAAUAAUGCUUAUAUCCAAAAAAGAAAAAACAAUUAGUAAGCAUUUGCUUUGUAGUUCACUGUCAGCAGAGUGGGCUUAGUUCAUUUGGCAAGCUCAGUCAGAGAGUCUGGAGCAUAUCACAGGAGUAGGAAGGAGCCUAAGUUUCCCUUCCUCACAAAUUAUGUCACAUGAAAAAAAACAUUCUCCUCUUAGUCCUGGUUCUUUUAGCUAAAUAAAAAGAGAUGACAACAUGAGCAUAACUGUUUCAUGAUUUAUAUAGGAGGAUACAGUAUAUGGAACUAAAAGAAGCUCCCCUUGAGCUAAGCAGUGAGAGCUUGCUGCUCUGUAUUUUUGUACACAAUCUGUUACAUUUCAUUCUUUGGAUACUAUUCACAGAACCUUCUUUGCAGGUAUAUGGGUGUCUGACAGAAGCCUAAAACUGCUUUUGAAUUACUUUACAAAACUUGCUUUUCUUCUGGGUGCUUCAGUACAAAUCCAACAUGAUCUUUGGAAGCAGCCUAACAUCUCUCAUAUGUGACUGGAAAAAGAAACUGAAGAGUCUCUUCUUUCAUUAAUUUAUGAUGCUGCCAAAUGCAUGGGGUAUUUUCAAGUACAUCAUGGCUGGGCUGGAUAGUAUCCCUUAAAUGGAGUCUUUUUCAGUCUUCAUUUAUUUGCUAAAAAAAGUUCCAUCUUUCCAGAUUUUCUAUCUUUUCAGUUUUGUCUUCCUCAAUCUCUUUUACUGUUGUUCAGAUAAUUACAGCUCAAACUAUUCUUUUUAUUCCCCUAUAUAGCUCUCAGAUCUUUUUGCCAUGGUGACUGGCUCCUUUGUUGACAAACAGCCUGCAGGUUUCCCUCCUAAUUAGUGCACAGGUUGAGUCUUUAAAAAAUCUUGAUGAUGUUUUUUACUGAAGCAAGUAGGAGAACUCUUCAGUGAGCUACAGCAGUACAGCAUCAGAUUUAAAGGGAGUGAAUGCUAUUUUCCCUCCUCAAAAACAUUUUUAUAUGAAUUUUUUUUAAAAAAAACUUUGCUGCUUAACAUAUUAUAUUACAUCUGACUGUAGAGUUUCCCCCCAAAAUUACUUUUCAUUUGUCUGUGUCACUAACUUAGACAAAGAAAUCAUCAUAUGAUCUAAGUAAAAAUGCUGUCAGAUGCUUUUUUUUCCAGACAGUUACUUUAGUUUAAGAGGAAGAAAACAUGGGGCUUGGGAAAAGUUUGAGUCUCAAUGUUUGUACCUUAUUUCUAGUUACUUUGUUACUGUAAUUUGCAGCAGUAUCCUAAAAAUAAUUUGAGAACUUAUAAAGUAAUUGGUAUAGUAAACAAUACUGAUUUCAGUAACUGUUUAGUUAAAAUUAGAAGUAGCUUAAUAAAUGGAUUCUUCUUACUGGCCCCACAUUAAUUUAUUUUUCUAAUUAUUAUUCAGUGACUUACUGAAGAACUAGUAAUUUUUCAUUUUCCCAAGUUCAGAUAUGCUGUGUUUUCAAAUUGUUUUUCUGAUCCUAUGAGAACUGUUAUUAGUUUAAAACUGCAGUCGAUUGCCUUGUUCUCCUACAUGUCUCUGGGUAUAUAGAAGAAAGAGGAAAAGCAGACCUUUCUGUUAAGAAAGAAAGAAAGAAAGAUUUAAAAAUAAUAAAAGCACUUUCUGCCCCAUAGACCUGUCCCUGUACUCCUCCUGGUAAAUGCAGGUGUAGAAUGGCUGCCAGUCUGUUCAGAGAAAUGUCAAGGAGUCCCAGAAACAGCAAACUUGCUUCUCCUCCUCCAUCCCCCUCUUGUGAAUUAAAGAGGAACCCUUCAAAUUUUCAAACUUCACCAUGAAUCCCAGUGGGUUAACUUAAUGUCACAAGAAUGUCUGAAUUGAAGACUAAGCCAUUUCAUGUUAUGGGAUGGUAUUCUUCUCAAAGCAGAUGUACAGUACUGCUGUUUCUUCUUUGUGUAGAUAAGCAGCAGGAACUAAAUAAAGAACACUUGUUUCUUGUUUCCCAGUCACCCCAAUAACAGUCACUUUAUUCUCCAUCACUCUUUAAAGUACCAACUGGCCUUUUCCUCCAGAAGCUAAUGAUGUGCAGAGUCUAUGAAAAACAAUGCAUUUUAAGGACUAAUUGCUGUGUCUUUCAUAAAUUUCAUCCUGAGAUUUCCUAGAUCAAGCAGAGUUUGAAGGUUAUGGGUGUUGGCCAAGGUACAUGCUUAAUUACCAGGCACCACAGAUACUGAAACUUCAGACUGAAGUGAUGUGCCCUCCUUCUGAGUCCUUCACAGAAAAGUAGGUUCUGAUCUGCAAAAUGGCAUUAUGUGCAACCCAAAGUUCAGACUGUUUUCCCUCUGGGUACAUAAGGUACAGUAGAAUGUUGCCAUUUCAUUCUGUUGCUGCUGUCUUACUUUCUUGAAGAUAAGAGUGUAAAUUUAAGCACAAAAAUGACUUUUUAGUCCUAGCUGUUUCUGAGUCUUGCACUGUACUCUCUAACAAAACAAUCCUCAUUCUCUCUAGGUAGCUGCCCCAUUUUACAGCUUCUACAAUACCCUCUUCCCUUACAGAAUGAAAUAAAAACCAGAAAAUCAUGUGCAUUUUUGGCACACUGGAUUUGGGCAAGAGCCUGGAAAUCCCCAAAUUGUCUAUUUCCUGUUUGCAUGCAGUCAAAACAAGGAUGUAUGGUUCUUUUCCUAAUCCAAGCCUCAAAUUUGCCUCUUGGUUGGGAUCUGCCAGCAAU